AGUAACCAAACUAAAAAAUAUUUAUGUAAGUUAAUCAAUAACCAACUAAAAAUCGUUUUAUUAAGGCUGUCCCUCUUCUCCCUGGAGUUUCCCAUAACAGGGUAGCUGUUUGUAGGAGGGGUUUAUAAAGAAGCCUCAAAACCGGCUCUGCGCUGUUUUCUACGCUCUCAUGAAGUUAUUUAAGGCAUCGGAGGGCAAAAAGUGGUGAUUCAGUAAUCCAUCUAAUGGAACCUUCCCAGUUAACUAACAUGAGCGAAUCUGUAUCAAUAUGGACAGUAGAGUAUAAGUGAAGCGCUAGUUGCGAAAAGCAGCUAGAAAAAGUACCAUCGGGUUUUCAGAUAUUUUGACAAAUUAAUAAGGCAAACAAAGGGGACUUUUCUCAUGUUUUCUCAACCAUUUUGUUCAGCUGAAAGUAUUUUUCAACAGGUCUGACUGCUCCUUAGCGAAUAUCGAGAGAGGCAGCAAAAGGAAACAUCGCAGAAUCAUCAUGGCAAAUAAAACGCAAAUAAUCUUUCUAACAUUUAUUAUACUCGCCCAUUAUCUCAUUUUGGUCUGUGCACAGACCGGGGAUGAAAACCAGAAGACCGCUUCACUUCUGCAAGGACCUGAAGCGACUCAAAAACCGGGAGUCGACGAGGAUGGCGCUCCGCUCAACAGUUCGAGUCCCCAUACCGUGCGUCCGGGACGGUCCAGACCGCUCCCUCCAAUGUGCACCGGUCCAACUGAGAUAAGGGACACAUUUAAGUACAUCAAUACAGUGGUGUCAUGUCUGGUGUUUGUUGUCGGAAUAAUCGGCAAUUCCACGUUGCUCAGAAUCAUCUACAAAAAUAAAUGCAUGAGAAACGGAUCCAAUCUUCUCAUUGCAAGCCUUGCUCUGGGGGACCUGGUACAUAUUGUGAUAGAUAUACCAAUCAAUGUCUACAAGCUGCUGGCGAAGGACUGGCCUUUCGGCGUAGGAAUCUGUAAGCUGGUGCCCUUCAUCCAGAAGGCGUCUGUUGGAAUCACAGUGCUCAGUUUAUGCGCGCUGAGCAUUGACAGGUACCGAGCAGUCGCAUCCUGGAAUCGCAUCAAAGGGAUCGGCGUUCCCAAAUGGAAGGCGAUAGAAAUCACUUUGAUAUGGGUGAUAUCAAUCCUUUUGGCUGUGCCUGAAGCGAUUGCCUUUGAUAUGAUAGCGAUGGACUACAAAGGAGAGCAUCUGAGAAUAUGCCUGCUUCACCCGAUACAGGGAACCUGCUUCAUGCAGUUUUACAAACCAGCGAAGGACUGGUGGCUGUUCAGCUUUUAUUUCUGCAUGCCCCUGGCUUGCACUGCAAUCUUCUACACACUCAUGACCUGUGAGAUGCUGAAGAAUAACAGGAUGCAGAUCUCCAGGAACGACCACCUCAAGCAGAGACGUGAAGUUGCCAAGACUGUUUUCUGCCUGGUGCUUGUGUUCGCUCUUUGCUGGCUUCCGCUGCACCUCAGCCGAAUCUUGAAAUCGACCAUUUAUGACGAGAAGGAUCCAAACAGAUGUGAGCUACUUAGUUUCUUCCUUGUCCUCGACUACAUUGGCAUCAACCUGGCUUCCGUGAAUUCCUGCAUCAACCCCAUUGCUUUGUACAUGGUCAGCAAAAGAUUCAAAAGCUGUUUCAGGUCAUACCUGUGCUGCUGGUUCACCAUGCCAGACAUGCUAGAGCUGGAGGAGAAGCAGUCCUGCGUGAAGCUAAAGGUCACCGAACGGGGCUCAGAGCAGAGCAACUCUCGGGUCACCAAUAAAUACACGUCUACCUGAGUGGGGAUUCGGAGCGUCACAGACGACUGGCUGAGUCUGUGUUCACCGAGGGCAUAAAGCAGGGGCACCCCGUUCGUGAGGAGGAAACAUAUGCACUUUUAUACUCCAUUUACACACCUUACCGAGGAUGCAGUUGGAUGAAUGUGGUCAUCUUUGGAUUGGGAAAAGAUAUUCAUAGUUUCCUAAGAUACAGAAGCGGACAAACUAAUUGAGUUGCUCACUCAGUUAAGCCCAGAAGAGGAGUGGACUUUCUGCAAACAUAUUUUGCAGGGUUAAGGACUAUAUUCUACAUGGUGGGGAAAUAAAUCCUGCACUUCAUUUGAGCAUGAACAAACAAAUGUUGUCAUAUAUAUGGAAAAAAGUGAGGGGUUUUUGUAAAUGAGAAUAUUUCAAACUAAUUUAGCUUAAUAGCUAACUGUCAAUAAUGGUUUACUAUGCUCUGGAAAGAGUGAAAGAAAUUUAAUCUUGGUUCUGACUGGUUAGAUUGCAGGUCACUUACAUCAGGAGUGGUACAAAAGUGAUUUUUAAUGUGUAGAUAUUGAUAUAUAUUCAAUGAGAAAAACAAUGAAUGAAAACAGACCAAUUGAUAGGAUUAAUCGGCUGACAUAAAUAUAAUUUGUACUCUAAGAAGCAAUCUUUAUUACCUGUCCAUAUUUAUUUAUAUGUUGAGUUUUUACAGAAUUUUUUUUAUCUAAAAUGUAAUUACAGACGCUCCUCUACUUUCGAAUGAUAUACGUUCUGAACGGCCGUUCGUAAUUUGAAAUGUUCAUAAGUCAUUAGUGAACAUCAUUUUUAGGGUAUACACAAGUACAAAGAACUAGGAUGAUGGGAGUACACACAGUACGCUGCUGAGCGGCGGCCAGAAGUCAUACUAGGCGGAAUUGGCGCAGAAAAAAAAAAUUGAUGUUGCGGACAGGAAACAGGACCUCAGUGAACAUAAUUUGGACUUGCAGUCCUCUUCGUUCGUAUGUCUGAAAAUUCAUAAGUUGAAAGUUCAUAAGUAGAAGAGCGUCUGUAUUUCUCUUGAAGUGUCCAUGGCAUUAGGAUAACUUUACCUCCCUGUCUGUAAUUAUGCUUGCUACUGUAGCACUAGCCCUUACGUGCAUCUAUAUUUUCUGCAGAACUGCUGUUUUUUGCCAUUUUUGUCAUUUGAGUGGGAAUCUAAAAAUCUUUAUCGUUUUAAAAGACAACUAUAUAUGGCAACAAACUGAUAUUACAUACGUGUAUGAAUUACCACAUUUGUAUAAAUUAAAGAAGUUAAAACAAAUAUGUC